AAGUGGCACAGCUGCUAUCUAUAGUCCAUCUCUAUUUUAAGACCAUGCAGACAGGACGCAAUGGAGCUCACACAAAUCUUUAUUUACCAUGCAGCUCGAGGGAAAAAAUGGCUAUUCCACACUCGAGUCACACACAAAAUAAUUACUUGAGAGGCCGUUUUAGGAAGAACAGAGAUCCUGGUUUAAGAGACCAUGGAAAUGCCCGAAGGCCUGGGAAUCAACCGGGAUAUUCAUGCCGAGAAUGCGACCCUUGAUCUGGAGAACAGAGAGUGCCAGGCAGGCUGGCUGAGAGUGAGGGUGGAGGACAGUUGGUUCACUGUGGAGCGGGCUUUUCUCCUUAAGUACAGCGACUAUUUCUGUGCUCUUUUUCACUCUGGGAUGAAAGAAAGUCAGCAAGAUGAGCUCUACCUGAAAGGAGGAGUGCACGCAAGAGGUUUCCUCAUUGCCCUUGCAGUCUGCAGGGGAGAGAUUCCCACCAUCAGUGAACCAGAUGAGCUUGUCGAAGCGGUCGAGUGUGCUGCUUUUCUACAGGUUGAACAUUUGGUCCAGCAUCUUUGCGACAUUAUAGACUCGGACAACUGCCUUCUGCUUUACCAUACAGCCUCCAUAUUUGGGGUGCACGCACUGUUUCACAAUGCUGCACUCUUUCUUUGUGACACCUUUGAUGAUCUCAAGGAUGAAGCAGAAAGUUCAAUCCCCGAGGAGCUGCUGCAAUACUCUCAAACUUUGUCCCCUUCUUCUUUUAUUGCUAUAGGGACCCAUUCUCCUUCACUGGAGCUGCUGCAAGACUCCUUCAGGGUCGUUUGCUACCUCGACGAAAAAGAGGGGCAGUGGAAGCAUCUGACAGACCUACCAACUGCUUGCAGCACCUCCAUGGCUGGAGUAGCAGUGGUUGACAAUCGCUUAUAUAUCGUUGGUGGGGUUUUUGGUUACAGUAAGGACACAGUGGACAGUAGCUUCUGCUACAACCCCGAUUCAGGACUUUGGACUACUCUCCCAGGUCCCCAGCAACCCAGAUAUAAUUUUACCCUUCUUGGGCACGGGGGUCAGCUCUACGCCAUUGGUGGAGAGUCCCAAAAGAAUAUAAUUUCCACAGCAGAGAGGUAUGAUGUUGUAAAAGGAGAGUGGACAUUUAUACAGCAUGCGCCACGACCCGUAGCAUCUGCAGCUUGUGCUGUCGCUAGACGACGGAUAUUUAUUUGCUUCUGGAAGCCACCAGACACCACAGACAUCUAUGAAUACGUACCUGUGAAUGAUGAGUGGAAGCUUGCUACCACACUGAUCAGACCUCAGAGCUAUGGCCACUGUAUGGUAGCUCACAAGGACAAUUUGUAUGUGAUGCGCAACGGGCCUUGUGACGACUUUCUUCGCUGUCUAAUGGAUUGUUAUAAUAUCACAACAGGCCAGUGGACAGCUAUGCAUGGGCAUUACAUCAACAGCAAGGGAGCUCUGUUCACCGCAAUGAUCAGGGGGGAUUCUGCGUUCACAGUGAAACACAUGUUAACUCUUGUGUAUACCAUCACUGAAAAUGGAUGGAAGCCCCGUAAGCAGAUGAACGGAUUUCCAAAGAGUGGUUCACUGUGGACAUGUUUACUCAGGCUUCCCAAGACGGGGCCAGUUAUACCACAGCUGGAUGCAGAAGGCAAGGAAGGAGAAAUGCCUCUGUCAGACCUGUCUGAAGCAUAUCUGGAAGCUAUACAGCACUUGUGAAAUUAUUGUACAACUGAAAAGUAAAACGUU